AUGACAAUCACACUUGAUGAUGUGGCCUCUUUGCUGCAUAUCCCCAUUGACGGCAUGCUCCUGUCCCACGGGUCCAUACCACGGGAAGAGGCGGUGGAAUUGAUGGAGGAGUAUUUCGGGUCUGAUACGGGUGAUGCUCUUAUUAAGGUCGACAAGACCAAAGGUGCACAUUGCAGAUUUAGCUACCUGGAGAGGAUAUUCAAGGAUCGUUUAAAGGAGCAGAGGGAUUUGGCGGCCGAGUAUGGUGUGACUGAGGAGCUGCAGAGGUUACGGGAUCAGGCUGUUCGCAUAUAUUUGCUAUACUUGGUGGAGAUCACGAUCUUCAGUGACAAAAGCCAGUGGGUUGUGGAUGUUGUCUACUUGGAGUACUUUAGAGACCUUGAUCUUGUUGCUGGUUAUUCAUGGGGAGCUGCUUGGGUGUUUCAUCACUUUCCAGGUAUGAGAAGCAAAUAUGUCUGGGAACGAUAUGUAGAGAAUAUUGAUCCACGCGCGAUGCUUUUUUUACCACUAUCUGGUUUAGGCAUAGUGGACAACUACAUAAACUAUCUGGAUGCGCUGGAUUUGACGAGGGUUGUCAUUGCCCCAUAUGGAGAGCACCGUCAGGCACGUCAGUUUGAGCGGGUCAGCCUUUACUCUGGAUGGCUGAGAUGCGAAGAGCGCAUGGUGAGAUAUCUGCCUGAGAUGGUGCUUCGUCAGUUUGGGUGGGUUCAGACCAUACCGAGACAUCCUGUUCAGAAUGCACCUUUUGAUGUUAACUUGGCGGAGAUCACAAACCGCUUUCAGUGCACUUGA